GGAAGCCAGGGCUAGGAACUACUGUGCAUUGUGCCUUAAGCUCACCGGUCCUGUCAUUCUGGCCUCACUCUCCAAUCAGAGCCUCUUGCGGACCCAGUCAGCUAGAUGGGAGGGUACUUCUGGGAGCCAGGCUUCUGGCUCAGCUUGUUUCCUGUGGAAGUCGGAAGUUGUCCUGUGUGUUGUGCCUUGGGCUCCAACGUGGGGAGAAAGCGGGUUAGCUUGGCAACUGCACCAUGUAGUGAAGAGGACUUGGAGCAGUUGAAAACAAUCAUCCCAAGUUGGUUGAGCAAUGCCUUCUCUAUCCCACGCUAGCACCACACUAUCAAGUCGAUAAUUGAAUACCUACUCCUUCGUCUGCUGUCCAGUGCUGGGAAGACAGUUCUGCAGCACCUUCCAGGCUGGGCCUUGACUGAAUACAGUGACCUAUGAUGAUUUACAUAUCGACUUCACUUGGAAAGAGUGGGCUUUGCUGAAUCCUUCCCAGAAAAAUCUCUACAAAGAUGUGAUGCUGGAGACCUACAGGAAUCUUGCUACUAUAGGAUACAGUUGGGAAGACCAUAGAAUUGAGGAAUAUUAUCAGAGUUCUAGAAGACCUAAAAGGUAUGAAAGAAGUCAUACUGGAGGGAAAACAUCUAAAUAUACUCUAUGUGUUAAAGACUUUGCAAAUGAUAGUCAUCUUCAAAGGCUUGAAAGAAUUCAGACUGGAAAGAAACCCUAUAAAUGUAAUCAAUGUGGUAAAGCAUUUGCACAUCACGGUAGUUUCCGAGUCCAUAAAAGAACACAUACAGGAGAGAAACCGUAUAAAUGUAAUCAGUGUGGUAAAUCCUUUGCAUGCCCCAGUAAUCAACGAUUACAUGAAAGAACACAUACUGGGGACAAACCCUAUGAAUGUGAUCAAUGUGAUAAAGCCUUUGCACGUUCUUCUAAUCUCCAUAUACAUAAAAGAACACAUACUGCAGAGAAGCCCUAUGAAUGUAAUCAAUGUGGCAAAGCCUUUGCACGUCAGAGUCAUCUUCAGAGCCAUGAAAGGACCCAUACUGGAGAGAAACCCUACGAAUGUAACCAGUGUGGUAAAGCCUUUACACGUCACUUUACUCUUCAAAUACAUAAAGGAACACAUACUGGAGAGAAACCCUAUGAAUGUAAUCUGUGUGGUAAAUCCUUUGCUUGUCACAGUACUCUCAAAUUGCAUAAAAGAACACAUACUGGAGAGAAACCUUAUGAAUGUAACCAAUGUGGUAAAGUCUUUACAUAUCGCUGUAAUCUUCAUAUGCAUAAAAAAAUACAUACUGGAGAGAAACCCUAUGAAUGUAAUCAGUGUGGUAAAACCUUUACACAUCACAAUAAACUUCAAAGUCAUAAAAGAACACAUACUGGAGAGAAACCCUAUGAAUGUAAUCAAUGUGGCAAAACCUUUGCAUAUCAUAGUGCACUCCAAGUACAUAAAAGAAUACAUACUGGAGAGAAACCAUAUGAGUGUAGUCAGUGUGGUAACACCUUUGCACAUUACAGUACUUUUAUAAGACAUGAAAGUAUACAUACUGGAGAGAAGCCCUAUAAAUGUAAUCAAUGUGGUAAAGCCUUUGCACGUAAGAGUCAUCUUCAAAACCAUGAAAGGACCCAUACUGGAGAGAAACCCUAUGAAUGUAAUUAGUGUGGUAAAGGUUUUCUAUGUGUCAGUACACUUCAAAGUCAUGAGAAAAUACUACAAAGAAACCCUAUAAAUGUGGUCAAUGUGGUAAAGCUAUUCCCUUUAUAUAGAGGUAAAACUUUUGUGUGCAAUCUGUUAAAGCCUUUGUAUAUUAUAGCAAUAAUUGAGUACCAAAAAAAAAAAAAAAACUAAUACUGAAAGGGCUUCUUACCAUAAAAGUAUUUGGUAAGAUCUUUAGCCAACAAACCUACAUGCAGUUACACAAGAGUAUUCUGGAGAAAAACAAUUGACAAUGUCAGCAAUCUGUUCAAGCAUUAUGGUGUCCAUCUUUAUUUUGUUUGUACCUGCAAAUCCUGGUGGGGGGGAGACCCUUUGAAUUUAAACGAUAAGGUAACCCUUUUAUAUUUCAUACUUCUCUUUAAGUACAUGUAAUAACUAAUUCAGUUGUAAACUUUUAUGGAUUUGUGGCAGUGCCUUUUCUGUUGUCAUAAAGUAUGUCUGCAUCAACUUAUGAAAGUUUAAUUUGGUCCUUGGUUCCAGAGAGAUACAGGAUCAACAUGAAAGUGGCAGCAAGUGUCAGAUAUAUCACUUAAAUCAGGAGGCUAAGAACUCACAUCCUUAAUUUGUAGCAUGAAGCAGAGUGGGAACUGGAGGUGUGUGACUAUAAAUUUUCAAAGCAUACCCCCAGUGACAAAUUUCCUCCAGCAUGGCAGCAUUUCCUAAAUCUUCCCAAAUGAUGCCACCAACAGAGAAAGACUAAUUUCUCCAACUUUAAGCCUACAUACUUGUUUUCUGUUACAUGAACCAAUUCAUGAUGAAAAAAAAUUUCUUUAAAUAACCCUUUAGAUGCCUCAACAUCUUUGUAACAAGAAUAAAUGCUUAUAAAAUAAAAA